AUGUUUGCGAACAGCUGCGCUACAACCAACUGCGCCGAAGCCAGAACUUCGGAUCGUCAUACAACAAGCACAGCGCUGAAGAUGGUGCCGCCAGCCUCAAUAGAGCUACCCCCUGCCGAGGAACGGGACCCGUUUCAAGCCCGACAAGGAUACACGGAAGCAGCAAAGCGGAAGGCGCUUUCCGCGAAUGUCGUUCUCUUGAGAGAUGCUGAUGCGCUCAAUUUCUUUAUACCCGAGUGCGAAGAGAUGACCAACCCUCAACUCGGGCGGCAGCUGCGCAACUUUCACAAACAACCCAUCGCCCCUCUUCUCCCGGAUGCGGUGCGACAUGUCGUUUUUGAGGAAGGCGAUGUGGCCAGCGUACCAAAACGACGAAAGGCUGUCAAUGCCAUCAACCGGGCACUCCGCGAGUGUAUCAGCGUCGAAGACGACGGCGCUUCCACCGACUAUUCGGACAUCGAGCUGGAUUAUGAUGAAAUGGACCCAGUCACCCUUCAGUAUUUGGAUGCUCGACGCCUGCUUUCGCGGUUUCAAACAACGCGUAUCGAGGACUACAUCGACGAGCUAAAGAGAUUGCGUGAUGGUUUGGAGGAGCAAACCCAGGCACAUGCUAAGUGUACGUUGGAGGCUGACGCUGAGCUGGAGACUGGGCACCACUGUGCGAAAACGCGGCAUUGGAGACGAAGGUACCACGCCGAUAUCAUCCGUGCACAAUUGGAUCCGCAGCCAAACGUUGACCUUCGGAAAUUCUCGGAAUCAGCAGGCACCGUUGCGAGGUUCGCUGCGGUUGAUGACCGAGUUCAUGCAGAGAUCUCAACUGGACUUGAUGAUGUACCGUUCACCCGAAAAUCUGAAGCAUUGUUACACAGUCUUGCGAUUGUCCCAACUGCCACCGUGCGCACGAGGAUCGACCAAAGCGCAUGGGGGGACAAAGACUUGGUCGCCGACGAACAUUCCCGAUGCCUUCCCAACCCGUACACCGAUGAUGACCUUCCCGACGAUGGUGAACAGCCCGGCUCAUUUAUCAUCAGAUUCAAGCCAUUUCGCGGUGGUUACGGCUCUGAUGACCAGUCUGAUAUUUACGAGGAAAGCGAUGAAGAGUACCAGUUGCCAAAGCUGCGCAGUGGCACCUUACGCGUACCCCAAAAGAAGAAACGUGCUGACGGGAAGCAUAAGAACUCUGCCCCUGCCCGCAGGUUUGACAUUGAUGACGUGAUCCUCGAUUAUGGUACCGAUAACGGCAUUGCGGGACUGCCGACGAAUAUCGAGUACAAGCAAAUUAUAACACCGGGAUUCCGCCCUUUCUCCAUCCCGGAGGAGCUGACGAUGAAUGUUGAUCCUGACGUUGCCCGCCGAGAGGAUUCGGCUCACCGAAAUUACCUGCUGACGCUACACGGCACAAAAUUGUUGAUCGAGCGCCGUGCCGAGAAACAAAAGAAGGACGCCGAGGCAAAAGCAGAGGGCAAACCGGAAGCAAAAAGAUCAAAAAAGAAAAUGCGUCCG